AUGGCCCAAAUUUCUUCUCUUCACUUCUCUGAAUUCCCAUCAAUUCUUAAUGUUCUUGUCAUUGACAGUGAUCUCAAACUUCUUGAAUUCAUCAAGAAAACAUGCAACCAGUAUUCUUAUAAAGUUAUGACAUUUUCUGAAUCUCUAAGUGCUGUCAAUCUUUUGCGGGAAAGAAAAACGCAUAUUCAUUUGAUACUCAUUGAAGUCCACAUGCCAAUUAUGGAUGGCUAUGAAUUCCUGCAAUUCGUCAAGAAAGAAAGAAUUAAUGUUCCUGUCAUCAUGAUGUCUGAAGAUGAUAGUAAAGCUUCCGCAAUGAAGGCUAUUGAACUUGGAGCUUGCGAUUAUCGGAAUAAACCCUUGUGUGAGGACAUGUUAAAGAAUAUGUGGAUACGUGUUUUUAUCCAGUUCCUGAGGGAACAUAGGACCCAGAACAAUAUUGAGAGCUUGGGUGAUGAUAAUAAAACAGAAGGGACAAGUGUUAAAUCUGAAUUUGAUUCAUCCAUUGUUGGUAGGAGAAAUAGUACUUUCAGAGAAAGUGAUGAUGUUGAUGAAUCAAAAAAUUCUGUGAAUCGCGUAGUAUGGUCACAAGAACUGCAUACUAUAUUUCUCGAUGCUAUUAGAAGAAUUGGACUCGAAAAUGCCGUGCCAAAGAAGAUUCUCGAAGCUAUGAACAUGCCUGAUUUGACAAGAGGACAUGUUGCUAGUCAUCUACAGAAAUACAGAAAAUUUUUGAAACAGGAACAGCAACGAAAACUUCAUGAAGAGAAUGAGAUGUAUUUGGUUUCAGGUAAUAAAAAACCAAGGUUGUAUGCAUCUGGGGAAAACAACUUGCAACCGACACAUCCUGGUCUCACAUGUAACAUCAUGGAACCACCAAGAGAGAAAUUAUGUGAUCCAAAUGUACAAGUUGCUGAACAUUAUCAUGCAGAACAACAAACUUUGGCACAUGAUUCUCCUUAUCCUUUGCCAGCGUUUCCUAAUAUUUCCAUUACUAACAAUUUUCCUGAGUCUUCUAGAUAUGAAUUAUGUUCCGUACCUGAUGCGGCUACGAUUCAGAUGAAUAAUAUGCAGCAUCCUCAAAUUCAUCGAAUCGACUUGCCGUCAUCCUUCAUAACUAUUUCUGAAAAUUCAGCUUCUUGUCCUCAGAAUUACAACUUUUGCAUGAACAUGCCACCUCAACCAGUAGUACCAGGUGAAAACAACAUAGGUCAAGUGGCUCGGUAUGAGUACAACAAUGGAGCUUCUAUGCAUUACCCACCACAGCUUCCUCAAAACGCAGGUUUCCCAAAUGGUGUUGUGAGAUAUUUUGCUGCCUCUACAGAUAUUAAUGAUCAAACAAUCAAGAAGGAGUUAAAUUCUAUGAACAAUGGUCAUCACAAUCCCUGA